UAAAAAAACAAGAGCUUUCUUGUUGAAUUGAAUUGUACAUUGGUUUAACGUAGUAGAGCGAGAGAGAGCACUUGGGGGUUUUUUUUUUUAGAUUAGACAACGUAACUAAAACUGUUUCGUGUUUGUCUGUUUUGUUUUUUUUUUCUUCUUCUUCUUUCUUUCUCAUCGUUGCGGUGCUUUUUUUUUUUUUUUUUUUCUCGGGAGAAAAUCCUUUGUGGGCUUUCCGGGAAAGUUUUGUCAGAUUCGUAAAAAGAAAGGAAAAAAAAAGGGAGGAAAUAAACAAAAAAAUCCACAGAAGCAUCCAAACAGAUUUUGUGUGUUACCCCCUUAUUGAUUCUUCGUGAUCAAAUUACAAAUCUUUUCGUUUUUGAUCGUUUUGGCAAGAAUUUAUCUCCCAAAGUCUCAACCUUCAAUUACAUUCUUCUUUCAAUUUGAUCUCUCUUUUUUUUUUUUUUUUUUNGGUAAGUAAGUCAUUCGUCAUUGAAUAUUAACAAAAAAAAUCAAAUCUUGCGGGUAGAUUCGGAAGCUCUUCUCUCUUUUGGGAUUGGAAAUAAUCCCAAUCUUGUUCUUCUUCUUCUGAGAAUUAGAAAAAAAAAAUCUGACUUUUGCUUUGAUUUCUUGUGGUUGAAUCCGAUUUUGUUCGAUCGGAUUCGAAAUCGAUCAAAGUUUCCAUUUUUUUAUUGACGGUUACGGCUACGGAAGCAAUGAAAGCAUCAGCUUCGUUAGAGAGCUGGAGAGAAUAUUUCCGGCGAGGAGAUUCCGAUAUAUUCGGGAUCAUCGAUCAUGCGAUCAUGGUCGCUGCUACUGAUUGUCCUAACAAAUUCAAAUCUAGGAGAGACAAAAUAUCCGAGCUUUUGUUCUCCUGCAGAGUCAGUCGUUGCGUCGGAUGCGACCACCUCGAGCUUUCUGUUCCCGGAGACGACGACGAGGCUAAUCUUGGAGCCGCCGGAGGGAAUGGUGACGGUGGUGGAGCUGCGGCGGAAGAUUAUGAGGUUGGUGGUGGUGGUGGUGGUAGUAAAGAGAGCAAAGCUAACAGUAGCAGAGGAGAUAAUAAUCACAUCGAUGAGAUGAAUUUGAAUAGUAAUCAGAUUGUUAGCAAUUAUACAUUUGAUGAAGCUGAGGCUUUGAGUGAUGAGAUUGAAGAGUUUUCUGUGAUUUCUAAGGAGGUUGGUAGGAUCAAAGAGAUCUUACUCAAUAAAGAAUUAGAGCCAAACUCGGUGUUACUCGAAUCUUUGAGACAUCUUAAGUUGAUGUCUUUGAAUGUGGAUAUUCUUAAGAGUACUGAAAUUGGAAAGGCUGUUAAUGGCCUGAGGAAACAUGGUUCUGAUAAGAUUCGCCAACUCGCUAAGACUCUUAUCGCAGAGUGGAAGGAGUUAGUGGAUCAAUGGGUGAAUACCACAAAGGAAAUUGCUGGUGCUGAAGGUACACCAGAGUCUGCAAACCCAUCUGUAGUUGAUGAAGAAGAGGAGUUCCCAUCGCUUCCAUAUGAUGUUGAUAUCUUUACACCUGAACCAAACGGAUUUGAAAUCUCACACUUCUUUGAUUCCUUAGACGUUGAUGGAAAUCCUCGUAACUCUGGGGAAUACAACAAUAGCCGAGAACACGAAAGAAGACCACAAAAUAUCGCCAAGAGAAGACCUGAGGGAACACAAAUGAGGAUACAAGAUGCUCCGUUUAGAUCUAUUAAGCCAUCAUCAGCUACUGGUUCUGAUGGGACUAGGAGACCUCCAAAGCAAAGUACAGAGCAAAGGAUGAAGAACGAAACUGUAUCUGUUCACAAGUCUGAAAAACCCAUGAUCCAAAGGAAACCGCUUGUUACAGAGCAGAAGCGGAAAGCUCCAGGACCUCAACAAGAAAAACUUAAAGGUCUUGACGCAGACGCAAGGUUUGAGUUUGCAAAGAGGAAACUUCAAGAGAGCUACCAGCACCACGAGAAUGCCAAGAAGCAGCGAACAAUACAAGUACUUGAAAUGAUCCCAAAGCAAGGUAGCUCUCAGAAACCUCAGCUCAAGAGACCUGGAAUGGGCAACAGGAAUUGGACAAACGGGCGGAAAUAGCUUAUUCUCUUUCAAAAUGGUGAAUAACACUCAAUGGCGAAAGACAUCAUCACUACAUAUACGUACGUACCACACAUAUCCGCAGUCACUGGUGCAAUAAAAGGUUAAACAGAUUCUAGCUCCACAAACUGGAGAUAGAAACAAGCAGAGGAGGAGGAACAGAUUCCAACAUAACUUUACUUUGAACAUAACUUUUUACUCCUCUGUUUUGUUCUGUCUUGGAUUAACCAACUGCAGCAGAUAGGAUCCCCCCAAUUAUUGUUACUUUAUGUGUUCUUCUUCUACUACAUUCUUGAGACUUUUCGGUACAGUCCCGGUUUAGUUUUGGUUUUGGGACGGAGAGAGGGGUCCCUUCAUAUAAUAUAAAAAACUGUAAAAGAAGGUAGAAAAGCUCAUUCGAAUAGACCGGCUCUUCACCUAACUUUUGUAUAGUAGUAUAAUGUGAAAUGGUUUGGGACACAA